UAAGAGCAAUUAUUUGAUUCCUGCGCAGUUCAGGCUGACAGCUUCACUAAGUAUUGUUGAGGUGUCAGAUCGGCAGCAUGUCUUCUUCGGAGCCGUCGUUUCCGUCUGUAGCCGAUAGCGGCGAAAUGUACUAUGUUAAACCUUACCAUUCUUUUAAUAAUAUGAAUCUGAAGACGACUGAAGAUAUGUAUUAUGUCAAACAAAUUAACAAAGCUCAUGCAAAAGCCGACACACUGACUGACCCAAUUUCUCAACUUGAGAUGCAACAAGCUGCUAUCUUUGCUCGACUCAAAAGAAUACAAGAUGAAUUAGAUAAAAUGUCAUGUGGAAGUGAAUGCCAGGAGAGUAGUCAGACAUCGGGCCCUGUUCUAGAUAAUGUUAAAUUUCAAGAUUUAGUGAUUGGUGUUGACCCGAAUUCAAUCCCGUUGUCUAUACUUAUUCUAUAUCAAGAACUCUCACGAAGUUUGAAAGUUAAGCCUACUAUAUAUGUUCAUUCUUCUGUCGAGAAGAAACCUUCACCAAAACUACGUAAUUUAUUUGACUUGGCCACACCUUUGAAGAAACCGGAAGACAGUCGGCUGUCAAAUGAUCUGCUGCUUACAAUUAUUUACAAAAAUGUUCGUCAAGGAUGUUCGCUGAUGGUCAAUCCUGAGAAACAAACUUUUAUCUAUGGUGAAGUGAACAUUGCUCGAUACUUUUCUAGAUUGAUAAACCCCUCAUAUGAUAAAGAUCCUGUUCAGUCAACACUGAUAGAUGCUUGGGUAGACAAAGCCAGUUUAUUACUUUAUAAUGGUAAUGCUGAACAAAAAAAUGAAAUGAUAAAAGUUCUUGACACAACACUGUCAAAGAGAAAGUGGUUGGUUGGUCAUGACUUGUCUUUAGCUGAUAUUGUUUCUUGGUCUGGAAUCCAGAAAAACAAGCUUGCUAAACUUGUUUCACCAAAUGUUGAAGUUUGGAUGAAAACUUGUGCUAGUCAUCCCAUGUUCAGUUUUGUUAAUAAAGUAUUGUCACAACUUUGAAGUCAAAGCUUUUGCUAGACUUAAACUGAUGGUUUUACAAUCAACUUUCUAUUGAGAUGAUGAUGAUAUAGGUUUUUCUUUUAAAGAAAAAUGUUGUUUUAACUUUUCAGCUUUUAGCAUAUUUAACAAUAAAUAAGCUGUUCUAACUAUAGAUUUUAUUUAGAACGUGUGUGUUAAAAUGGUAAGAGCCAGAUGUGUGGCAAAUGAAGGCAUUCAGUCAUCUUUUUCUCAACUCAUUAUCACAGCCAAUGAAUGGAUUGUCUGAGAUACUGAUGUGGUGGGGUGAAGUAUUAUUGAAUGAAACUAAUUUGAAGAGGAUCUUUCAUCACAUGUAUUUGUAUAGUUCAUUUUGUCUAGGAUAUAAUGUGCUGUUGGUGAAGUGUACUUGAGUUUAGAUCAACUGUCAAAGUACUGUAAGACAUUUCCUUACAAACAGGAACUCAAGCUUUAUCACAGGUUUUUGCUCAUAGACGGAUUCAACUCUAUUACAAUCGAAAGAAACAAUUCUUAAUGUUACCUGUUUACUUCAACGUGGAUUGGACCAUUGAAAGUGAUCUCUUCCAAAGACUCAGUUCAGUGUUUGUGAGAGGAUGUUUGUGUGUGUGUGUCUGUGUGUUGAAAUUUCCUCAUGCUGGUUUUGUUUUCUUAAAUAAAGAAAUGUACAUUAGCUACUGUUAUUACCAUAAGGAAUCAUGUCAGGUGGACUGAGAGUUAACUUGAUAAAUAUGUAAUUCUCUACCUUUGUUAUGCAAGUUCUUUAUUUAAACGACGAUUAUAUUCACUAGAACUAAUUAAAAUAUAAGAUUGUUAACGACACUCUAUACUUUUAAUCUGAUUCAGUAGCUUAUAAAAAUUCCUGUUGUACAUUUCUCUUUUAAGUAAAUUAUAUAAACUCUUACAACUAUGUCCAUUUUGACAUUUUCAUCAUAAGCUUUAUAUCUUUGAAAACCCAUCAGCUGAUUUCUUUUUAAUUUAAAAAAAUGAAAUUGUAAUGUCGAAGAAUUGGAAAAAUAAAAUAUAUAUUUUAAAAUAAAUAAAUAAAAAAGUUUUUAAUUUAAAAAAAAUAUUUUUUGUUACUUUACUAAUAUUUUUAUUACUUCUUUUGGAGUUCAACUUUUUUGAUGAGUGACUAUAUAUGAAAUUGUGUUGAAACUGAAGCAAUUAAUUAUGGAAUAAUCAUUUUAGAACACAAGGACUAUAUUAAUCCUUUGUUUUCUUGAGGAGUGAAAAUUUUUGUCACACUUCUGCAACCUUGUCACUGGGAAUUCCAUUCACAGAAUUACAGCAAACCUUUGGACACUAAGAUAUAAGUGAAAAGAACAUAAAGUAAUUUUAGUGUUUUCUUAAAUAGUUAAAAUGUUUCUUUCAUGAUAUAAUUGUUUAUUAAAAAGUUAUUUUUCAAACUUUCUAA